GGGGCGGACCCGACUCCUCCGAAGCUCCGCCAAAUAAUCCAUUAAAUCGGAGACCUUUAUAUACCCAACCAUAAAAACCCUAAUCUCCCCACUUCCUCUGCAACUCCACCAGUCGCCAACCUCUCUGCGAGUUAGGGUUUCUCUUCGGCUUCAGCAAACAUGGCGGAUGUGGAGGCUGACGUUGCGGCGGCAGGAGUACCGAAGAAGAGGACGUUCAAGAAGUUCAGCUUCAGAGGCGUCGAUUUGGAUGCGCUUCUCGACAUGUCGACUGAUGAGCUUGUUAAGCUCUUUCCUGCUAGGGCUCGCAGAAGGUUCCAGAGAGGUUUGAAGAGAAAGCCAAUGGCUUUGAUCAAGAAGCUGCGCAAGGCGAAACGGGAGGCCCCACCUGGUGAGAAGCCGGAGCCAGUUAGAACUCACCUCAGGAACAUGAUCAUUGUACCUGAAAUGAUUGGUAGCAUCAUUGGUGUGUACAAUGGCAAGACCUUCAAUCAGGUUGAGAUUAAGCCUGAGAUGAUCAGUCAUUAUCUUGCUGAGUUCUCCAUAAGUUACAAGCCUGUCAAGCACGGAAGGCCCGGUAUUGGUGCUACUCACUCUUCCAGGUUCAUUCCCCUUAAGUGAAGUUUCUACCUCCUCGAUCACUUGUUCCUUCCUUAAUCUGACGUUGAGCGGAUUUUAUUAAGUUUGGAUUUGGAUUUCCCGUCAUGGACAUCUUUUGAAUGUUUUAUCAUUUUGUAAACAAUGACAAAGUAGACCGGCUUGUAGGAUCUUAUCGGAUAAAGUUUUUCUUUCAAUCAAGUUUAUUAGUUUCUGAA